AUGGCAUCCGCAGCCGACCAGCGGCCGCAGCUCCGAAAGCAAAUUUCGAGAAGUAGCGCCGAUAGAGCCGGGGCAGAGAGCGAGUGGCAGCAAAUGAUUCAAAAGAAAGCAUCGGCGAGUGUGCACACACCCCCGCCCGCAACGUCGGCUGCGGUCCAGGAGAAGCUCGGGGCCAUAUCUCGGACGCAGAGCCGAGAAAUCCUGGCUGCCUCAUCGUCGGCAGGCAGCCGACGGAGCUCGCUGGUACUGGCGGCGAUGGACGAGAUGGUCCAGCAGGUGAUUCAGAGCAGCCGGCCAAAUGCAGGCGCCAAGUCGAGAGACAACCGAUCCUCCAGAGGGUCUUCGCAGCACAGCUUCGCCAAAUCCACUCUGUCUCAGAGCAUUACGAUCGAAGGGGUCAGCACAAACGUCAGGAAGAGCGUCAUCUCCAUCGCUGAGAGCAUUCGCGGGUUCUUCUCGGUGCCUAUAGGACAGGAAACAGCCAAGUCUUCGGCAUUUUCACUUCAGAUUACCCAAACCCCAGAUGUCUUUGGAUUCAGCCAAAGCAGCCUGGCAUCGUUCCAGCGGAGGUCGCAGCACUCGACAACAACCUCGGCACAGCAGAGCGUCUGGAGCGUCGCAGCAGCCAAGACCAUGACCUCGAGCCACUCGCUUGCCGCCGACAGCGUCCAGGGCAACUCGAGGUCCUGGAGCCGGAGUCCCACGACCUCGAUCAUGAACGAACCCAUGUCCGGGCGGCUUCUUGGCGAUGCCCUCGAGGAGACCAGCCUGACACGGACGUCGUCGGUCGGUCGAGAGCGAUCGCAUUCGGUGGACCAGCCAGUCGAAGGACAGCGCCCCCGCAGAAGAUCCCAGGCCUCGUCGCAGGACAACAUCUCGGUCUCGCGAGCACCAAAGUCCAGGGAUGUGGCCACACGAUCGUCGUCGCUGGCCGGCGUGAGCAAGGGCUAUCGAUACACACGGAGCCCCUCGACCAACAGCAGCGAGGAGAGCCUCGGAAGCUCGCUGCAAAGCUCGCUGCAAAGCUCGAUAUUCGACAGCAACGGAUCGAUGCGGCCUGGCUCGGCUGAUCAUCUCUCAGGACAGCAAUGCUCCAACCAGCAGCACUUUAACCACCCGCGCCAGUCAACGUCAAAGUCGUCGCCGUCGGGAACCCAAAAGCGAGGCAGCUACACCCCGCACGUACGGCACUCCAGCGACUCGGUCAUGUCGAGGCAGAGCUCCGUGAGCUUGUCUGGCACCAAACGGUACUACAGCAAGUAUGAGGACUCGGACGUUCGCCGCGGCUCCAAGCUCCGGACGGAAGUCAAGUCCGACUCGGGGUCAAGCUCGGCAAUCCAUCUCGAAAUCGAGGAUCCAAACGGCGAGGUUUUGCAGCAGUACCAGGAACUGCAGAAGCAAUAUCUGGAUCUACAGAUGCAGUACAAGGAGCUACAGAAGGAACUGCAUGUGCAAGAGACAGAUGCGCCUCCCCCCGAGAAACCUCCGGCCCUCCAGCGGCUCAAGUGUAAAAUCAAGACCUUUUGGAAAAAGUACUUUGCCAAGCCCAGCGCUGUCGGGGCGGCACCGAAACCAGGGGCUGCGGAAAGAAACCCUCCAUACGGAGCCAACACAAACAUGCACUAG